AUGGAGGGUCUGGAAAGCGGUGGUUUAGCCGCUGACCCUCUGCUUAGUGCGGCCCUCUCAUCCCCUCUUGGCUCUUCCAGAGAAGAGCUGUUCCUACACGAUUUCGCCAGGUCAAGCCCACAUGCUGGGGCAUUGUUCGGCAAUUAUGCAACUCUCACCACCUUACAACCUCUUCCACCGAUCUCAACUGUCACCUCAAAUGGAGGGAAAUUCAGUCGAUCAAAUUCACCCGUAAGAGAACGUCAGAAUAACUAUUUCUUCCCGCCCUCUAGUCAAUCUAGUUAUAAUUAUAAUGUUAAUAUCAAAUAUGAGUAUGAUUUGAAAAAUGAGGAGGAUUCGAACGAUUCACCGCCAGGACAACCACCUUGUUCAACUCCUUCCGACUACACACAGAAUCAUGCCUCACAACCUGUAGAAACCAAUUUUUCCUCGGCUAGUUUUGUUCCAUCUUACAGCGGCAUAGAAAUAAGGUCACCAAAAAUUGAAAAAGACUGUUUUUUCAACGGUUACACUAAUGGGGAUUGUGAAAUUGAAGAAGAGCCCACUUGUUUGCCAAAGAACUGCUCACCGGUAGAGAAUGGGCACGGUAGUAUAGAAGGAGAGGAGGAGGACGAUGGAGAGGAGCUAAAUACUAAGGAUCUUGCGCAAAGGAUUUCGGCCGAAUUGAAACGUUACUCUAUUCCACAGGCAAUUUUCGCUCAAAAAAUACUUUGCAGAUCACAAGGAACGUUAUCCGACUUAUUACGUAAUCCGAAGCCGUGGUCAAAGUUGAAGAGUGGUCGUGAAACAUUCAGACGAAUGGCGAAAUGGUUACAGGAACCGGAGUUCAAACGAAUGUCCGAUUUACGAAUGGCAGGGGUCAUUGAGGGUGCGCACGGAGGCAUGGUUGAGCAGGAGGAGGAGGAGGAGGAGGAGAAUAGGCUAAAUAAGCUGUAUUGCGCGGGACCAGCAAAGCAACAUAACACGGCAAACGAGUCGUUUGCCGUUCAAAUGCCGCCGCCGCCGAAAACAAGGCGGCAGCGGAGACAGCUUGCCGGCGACCGCGCUAGGCCAAUUACGGCCAUGACCAACACAUGGAGGGUAGGGGAGGGGAUGGGUGGUAAACUCAUUGCUGUGAAGCGCUACGUUGUCGUUACGUUACGUUACGCGUUAGAACAGCCAUGUAAACGAAAAGAGGAACAACAAGUCCAACACAAUCAACCACAACCGCCGAAGAAACCUCGCUUAGUGUUCACAGACAUCCAGAGAAGGACUUUGCAGGCGAUUUUUAAAGAGACAAAAAGGCCCUCACGGGAAAUGCAGUUGACGAUCAGUCAACAGCUAGGAUUGGACCCAACAACGGUUGCUAACUUCUUUAUGAACGCCAGGAGAAGGGGACAUGAUCAGAGACCGGACGAUGACACCAGCACGGUGAGCAGCGGAAGUAGCCAUGCCUUCGAUGAUCAGGUGCUCUCUCCACUGCCUCCGACACCGAUUUUCGAGCAGCUUUAA